CAUCAAUGCUUUUAACCAGUUAUGGCCAUGUUGGUGCCGAGGGUGGUUUCACUUUUGCAAACACUUACUUAUGUCCUGCGAGAGAAGAACUCAGACCUCUCUGCCUGUCACAGAAAGCUGUUACAGGGGGGCAGCCUGGCGAUGGCUAAUUACACAUCAGCACCAGAGGAUGACUAUGAUGUUUUCAUAGAAGAUGACCUCAGCAACGACGAAAGAGAACUGUGCAGCCCAUACGACCCCCAGGCUCUCUUGGCCCAGCUGGUGCCCUACCUCUUCAUCACGGUGUUCUUGGUUGGCCUCCUGGACAAUAUCUUGGUUGUACUUAUCAUGGUAAAAUAUAAAGGACUCAAGCAAGUGGAAAACAUCUAUCUCCUCAACCUGGCAGUGUGUAACUUGUGUUUCUUGUGCACCCUGCCAUUCUGGGUUCACAUGGCCUGGCAUGAGGGGGAUCCUGGCGAGCCCCUGUGUAAAAUUCUCUUGGUGCUCUACUCUGUAGGCCUGUUCAGUGAGGCAUUUUUCAACGUCCUUCUGACUGUGCAAAGGUACCAAAAGUUUUUCCAAAUGAGAGGGUUUUUCUCGGCCACGAGGAUGGUGGCUGGCAGCAUCUUCCCAAGUGCUCUGGUGUGGGUCAUAGCCGUUCUGGUCAUGUUGCCUGAACUUGCUUUUUACAAACCCCAGAUGGAAAACCAGAAAUACAAGUGUUUCUUUGGCAGACCGCUCUUCCUACCAGCUGAUGAGACAUUCUGGAAGCACUUUCUGACCCUAAAGAUGAACAUUUUGGGAUUUCUUUUGCCACUGUUUGUUUUCGUAUUUUGUUAUGUGCGAAUGAGGAGAACAUUGAAGUUCGGGGAGAGGGGGUAUGACCUUUUCAAGCUGGUUUUCACCAUAAUGGUUGUUUUCCUUCUGAUGUGGGGACCCUACAAUAUUGCACUUUUCCUGUCUGCUUUCAACGAACACUUCUCCCUGCAUGGUUGUGAGAGCAGCCACAACCUGGACAGAAGCACUCUGAUCACGAAAAUCAUUGCCACCACCCACUGCUGCGUCAACCCUCUCCUCUAUGUGUUUUUCGACGAGGCAUUUAGGAAACAUCUCUACCACUUUUGCCAUCUGUGUAAUGACACUGCACCUCAACCCACUGAGGAACCUGCCCAAGGCACAUCAAGGGAAGAGCCCUGCCUCUCCACUAAAAUGUAAACUAGCUCCUGCCAAAGUGUAACACAUACCUUGGGCCUCACCAGCCUCCAACUACAAAACGUCACACUAAGCAUUUGCCUGGGGCGAUCCAGUGCCCAUGUUUUUGUUACACAUCCCAAGCAGAGAUGACAGAUAAAUUACAGGAUGCCCCUGGACCACAAGCUCUCACCUCCAUCACUGAAGAGGGAGGAGGCAGGGUGGCACCUAAGGGAGACCGAGUAGGCAACACAGUCUAUGGCCGUCACUGAGGAGUCCGCAGUGGGUGACAUUCUUUGGGAGGUAAUUAGGUUUAAACGAGGUCCUGAGGAUGGGGCCGACAGGAUGGGGUUAGUGUCCUUAUAAGGGACACCACAGGGCUUGCUCUCUCUCUGUACCACGUGAAGCCACAGUGAGAAGGAGGCCCUCUGCAAGCCAGGAGGAGUGCCUGCACAAGAACCUCGCCAUGCUGGCACCCUGACCUUGGACUUCCCAGCCUCCAGGACCACAACAAAUAUUUCUCUUCUUUAAGCCACUCAUCCAUGGCAUGUUGUUACAGCAGCCUGAGCUGAUUAAGAUAGGGCUCACCCUGAAUAACGUCAAAUAGCAAAUAAAAAACCAUGAUAAGAGCGAGACCUCAGAAGAAAGUACUCCAGCAGAGGUAAAAAGAGGUUCAAGUGGCAAAGGAGAAGGGCCAGAGACAUUCUCAUCACAAACCUGUAUGAGUAAGUCUGGAUUCUCCAUCCUUUUCUUCCACAUAUGGGACAGAAAUCCCAGAGAAAAUGACAUCAUUUCUGGAUAUGAUGAUGACAGAGUCAUGAACUCAAAGAAAAAAGCUUUUCAGAAUUUUCAAAAUUAAAACAUGGAAUGUAUACAAUAUAUAAACAAUUAUAGUGGUGGAGAGUGAAAUGGUUAUUGAAAAUCAAGGUUGUGAGAGAGGAUCCAGCUACAAUAGCCUACACAUGUAAGUAGUAUUUUUGGAACACUGAUAAUCCAGCAAGGUCUUCUUCCCUU